AUUUUAUCAAGAAGAAAAGACGUGAACACGAUUCUGGAAUAAUAUAGAGAUAUUCUGUGUUUCAGGAGACCCCAGCAGGAAUCAUCUGGUCUCAAUCGGCACAAAAAUGGAGAAGGAGAGAAGAAAAAGAAGAGCUGCUUCUGAAAUACGCCCCCUUGUGGGGUGUAAGAGAAGGAGCCCUGAGAGUGUCCUGAUGAAGAGAGCAGACUCCCCUGUACCCAGCUGUGCUUCCCUGAAGAGUGACAGGUCAAUGCCACAUCCAUUCAACUUCAGUGAGGGACCUUUUCCUACAGAUAAAAGUGUCCUGAUGAAGAGAGCAGACUCCCCUGUACCCAGCUGUGCUUCCCUGAAGAGUGACAGGUCAAUGCCACAUCCAUUCAACUUCAGUGAGGGACCUUUUCCUACAGAUAAAAGUGUCCAGAUGAAGAGAGCAGACUCCCCUGUACCCAGCUGUGCUUCCCUGAAGAGUGACAGGUCAAUGCCACAUCCAUUCAACUUCAGUGAGGGACCUUUUCCUACAGAUAAAAGAGACCAAAUGGAAGAAUGCAGCUCAGAUCUACAUGAUAAAUCGGGUUUAUCAUCCAUACUGAAGUUCCCCAAGGAUGAGCUGAAGAAUUGUGUGAGUUACCUAGAUCAGAAUUACCCAGAAUGCUCUGAGCCUCAGCUGGAGGAGGACAAUGAUCCGAACACACUGUACAUCCUGAGGACCAUGGAGCAAAAUGAUCUCGCUGACGUGCCGGAGAAGAGAGAGUUCAUGCUGCAAUAUCAGCAGGAAAUCAAGCGUAAACUUAAGAAGCAGUUUGAGUGUGUAUUUGAAGGGAAAGCUAUGGGAGGACAGCCAACACUUCUCAGUGAGAUUUACACAGAACUCUACAUAACUGAAGGUGGGACUGGAGGAGUCAAUGAUGAACAUGAAGUGAGACAGAUUGAAACAGCAUCCAAGAAAAGGCGAACAGAAGAUACUACAGUCAAGUGCAAUGAUAUAUUUAAACCCUUAUGUGAGCGUGAGACACCUAUCAGAACUGUACUCACUAAAGGGGUGGCUGGUAUCGGGAAAACAGUCUCUGUACAGAAAUUUAUUCUCGACUGGGCAGAAGGAAAAGCAAACCAGGAUGUUCACUUCAUAUUUGCUCUUCCUUUCCGGAACCUGAAUUUGAUUAAGGAUGAAUACAGUCUGAUUGAACUGCUUCACCGCUUUGUCCCAGAACUGAAAUCAUUUCAAUCCACUGAGCUGUUUAGGUACAAGAUCUUGUUCAUCUUUGAUGGUCUGGAUGAGUGUCGCCUUCCUCUAGAUUUUCAGAACAAUGAGAGCUGGUUUGAUGUAACAAAGAAAACGUCACUGGAUGUGCUGUUGACUAACCUCAUUAAGGGGAAUCUGCUUCCAUCCGCUGCCCUCUGGAUAACCUCCCGGCCGGCAGCAGCCAAUCAGAUACCUCCUGAAUGUGUCCACCGGGUGACAGAGAUACGAGGGUUCAGUGAUGCCCAGAAGGAGGAGUAUUUCAGGAGGAGAUUCAGUGAUCAGAGCCUGGCCAGCAGGAUUAUCACACAUGUGAAAUCAUCAAGGAGCCUCUUCAUCAUGUGCCACAUACCUGUGUUCUGCUGGAUUUCAGCCACUGUGCUUAAGAGGCUUUUUAGUGAGACUGACAGGGGAGAAAUUCCAAGGACUCUGACUGAAAUGUACACACACUUCCUGAUCUAUCAGUCAUGUUUAAAAAAUGACAAGUAUAUGAAAAACUAUGAAACCAAACUUAAGGAAUACAGCAAGGAAUUCCUUUUGAAACUUGGUAAACUGGCUUUUGACAACCUUGAGAAAGGCAAUCUCAUAUUUUAUGAGGAAGAUCUGACAAAGAAUGGCAUUGAUGUCACUGAAGCUUCAGUUUACUCUGGAGUGUGUACAGAAGUCUUUAAAGAGGAAUAUGGGCUGUAUCAGGAUAAGGUGUACUGCUUUGUGCAUCUGAGCAUCCAGGAGUAUCUCGCUGCUUUAUACGUGUUUCUGUCAAACUCAUCAGCUAAACUGCUGAAGACUGCAUUGGAUCAGGCAUUAAAGAGCAAGAAUGGACACUUGGACCUCUACCUCCGCUUCCUCCUGGGCCUCUCAACAGACUCCAGUAAGACUCUAUUACAAAAACUACUGGGACAGACAGUAACCAGCUCACAUAAUAUUACAGAAACAGCCAAAUACAUCAAGGAGAAAAUACAGAGGAAAUUAUCUCCAGAAAGGACCAUCAACCUGUUCCACUGUUUGUCUGAGCUGGGUGACAAUUCUCUAGUAGAGGAAGUACAAAGAUACCUGAAUUCAGGAAGCCUUUCAGCAGAAGACCUCUCACCUGCACAGUACUCAGCUCUGGCCUUUGUGAUGCUGAUGUCAGAUGAGGAGCUGGAUGUGUUUGAUCCGAAGAAAUUCAUCAGAUCAGAUAAAGAACACUGGAGGCUGCUGCCUGUGGUCAAGAACUCCAGGACGGCUCUGCUGAACAGCUGCGGGCUCACAAAUGAACACUGUGAAAUGCUGACUUCAGCUCUAAGAUCAAACUCCUCACCCCUGAGAGAGCUGGACCUGAGUGACAAUGACCUAAAGAAUAAAGGAGUGACGCUGCUCUCUACUGGACUAGGGGAUUCACAGUGUAAACUGGGGUUACUGAGGCUGUCGAGCUGUAGAGUCAGAAAAGAAGGCUGUUCUUCCCUGGCUUCAGCUCUGAGGUCAAACCCCUCACACCUGAGAGAGCUGGACCUGAGUGACAAUGACCUGCAUGAUUCAGGAGUGAAGCUGCUCUCUGCUGUACUGGGGGAUUCACACUGUAAACUGGAGAUACUGAGUCUGUCAGGCUGUAGAGUCAAAGAAGAAGGCUGUUCUUCCCUGGCUUCAGCUCUGAGGUCAAACCCCUCACACCUGAGAGAGCUGGAUUUGAGCUACAAUCACCCAGGAGACUCAGGAGUGAAGCUGCUCUCUGCUGUACUGGAGGAUCCCAGCUGUAAACUGGAGAAGCUGAAGAUGAGCCGGUGUGAACUCACUGAGAAAUGCUGUGAGGCGCUGGCUUCAGCUCUCAGAUCAAACUCCUCACCCCUGAGAGAGCUGGACCUGAGUAACAAUGACCUGCCGGAUUCAGGAGUGAAGCUGCUGUCUGUUGGGUUGGGGGAUUCACACUGUAAACUGGAGAUACUGAGGCUGUCAGGCUGUAGAGUCACAGAAGAAGGCUGUUCUUCCCUGGCUUCAGCUCUGAGGCCAAACUCCUCACACCUGAGAGAGCUGGACCUGAGUGACAAUGACCUGCAGGAUUCAGGAGUGAAGCUGCUCUCUGCUGGACUGGGGGAUCCCAGCUGUAAACUGGAGAAGCUGCAGAUGUCAGGCUGUAGAGUCACAGAAGAAGGCUGUUCUUCCCUGGCUUCAGCUCUGAGGUCAAACCCCUCACACCUGAGAGAGCUGGAUCUGAGCUACAAUCACCCAGGGGACUCAGGAGUGAAGCUGCUCUCUGCUGUACUGGAGGAUCCCAGCUGUAAACUGGAGAAGCUGAAUGUGGAUCACGGUGGAGAGUGCAGGACCAGACCAGGCGUACAGAGAUACUCCUGCCAGCUGACGCUGGACCCCAACACAGCACACAGAGACCUGUCUCUGUCAGGGGGGAACAGGAAGGUGACAUGGGGGGCAGAGGAGCAGCCAUAUCCUGAUCAUCCAGAGAGAUUUGAUGGCUGCCCCCAAGUUCUGUGCAGAGAGAGUCUGACUGGCCGCUGUUACUGGGAGGUUGAGUGGGAUGGAUAUGGAGCCUGGAUAGGAGUCACUUAUAAAGGGAUCGGGAGGAAAAAAGGGAGUGACUGUGGGCUUGGAGACAAUGACAAGUCAUGGUGUCUGUGCUGUGAUACUGACAGUUACUCUGUCUGGCACAAUUAUAAACGGACUCACAUACCCAUAUGGCCCUCAGGCUCCCGCAGAGUAGGAGUGUAUCUGGACUGGGGGACUGGUGCUCUGUCCUUCUACAGAGUCUCCUCUGAUGGACUGACCCCCCUGUACAGACUCACCUCCUCAUUCACUGAGUCCCUCUAUCCAGGGUUUUAUGUUCAUAAAAACUCCUCAGUGUCACUGUGACGUGUUGCUGGUUCUCCUGGCAAAAAGGUCAAAUCUCUGCUUUUUAACCUUUAUAAUCCUUUUUACUCUCAAAUGUAUGUUUGACAAAAAUAAGUUUUUCUCUCUGACUAAAAUGUAACUAAAUGUAAUCCUGAUGGGGGGGCUUUCCCCCUCCCCUGUAUAUGUACAUUUUAUAUAUUUAUGCCUGUUUACUGUAUUUCCUCCCUGUAAAAUGACAAUAAAGGUUUUCUGUUCUGUCCUAUUAA